AUGGAACCUCGAAUCGAUCCUGAGACAAUCGUCGAGAGCCUCGAAAAUAUCUCCAACAAUGGCGAGGAUCUAAUGUCUGCCUUCGCGAUGGCCGAAAUCCCCCCCGACGUUUCCGACGCCCCUCAUCACGAGACGCGAAGAAACGAUCCUGACGAUGCAAUGGCAGAGCAUUCUGAGUCUUCCACAUCCUCAUCGCGCCGACAAUCAGAAGUCGAAGGAUACCUACAAAUCGAAGAUGGUCCAACAGGCGCCAAGUCUGCGUCCAGUCGAUCCUCGCUUUCGUCAAUUCCCGACUCCGUGCUAGUACAUCCAAAAGACCAAUCCGUAUAUGGCAGAGACAGCAUAGGUGAGAUUUACAACGACGAAGAAGAACUCGCGUCGUAUGGAAACCCGGUAUAUCAAAAAAUUCGCGAUCGAAAUUCGCCCUUUCGACACCCGAGCUCGGUCAAAGCGAUACAGAUGCAGACAGAGGAUGAAGAGGACGAGGAGAUCAUGUCGCCAUCAAGACGUAAAGCGAUGUUUCGUGGUUCACCUGCUUCGGUACGAUCCCUUGGUUCACCAUUACUCAGACGGCAUGGAUAUCACUCCGCGGGGAAUACGCCGAAAAGGGCGUCACCUAUCAAGAGGGAGAACCCGCUUGUGCUGUUGCAUUGCACUGUUCUUCAGCCGACUGUGAUCCUUGGUCCUGGUGUGACUUUACCGGAUAGGCAGAUUCUUGCAAAAGUUCUACCACCGCAGUAUGCGCGACGAUGGAAGUUGUUGGAAGAAAAAAUUUCCGGUUCCGGUCUGUUACGGGAUCGCGGAUUACUUAUUCAACAUCCUCAAGAAGAUUAUGGAUUGUUAGAGGAACGGCUUCUCGAAAGCUUGGAAUUGCAAAAACCGAGAUUAGAAAAUGGCCACUAUAUUAACCACGAGGCGAGUGACUCGGAAAAUGAAAGCGGCGAGGAGAAAUUAGAGCACUCAAUUGCGGACGACAAAAGCACAUGUCUAGAUUGCGGCUGUCAUACUACUCAUCAAGAUCAUCGGAGAAAGUGGGAUGUUAAAUUUUACGCAGCAAAUGGGUUGAUGAAAGAAGGGGCCUGGACAGCUGCGUGGAAGGAGAUUGAGCGUGUGGACGUGCAAAUCAGUUUGUGGCUGCCAUACGAGGUCAAGUCCGAGGUUGAAAAGAAAAUCAAAGAAGAGAUUGCCGUGGCAGCCGAGAUGGAAAAAAUUAGAGCAGCAGAGUCGAUCAUGCAAGAGCCACAACCCAGUCGCCAGAACAUAGUCUCGCAAGAUGAGAUUGAUGGUUUGGAUGAUAGACCUGACACAACAAAAAGUUUCACAAGGCAGGAGAAGCAGACACUACAACAUGAAACCCCAGUCCACGAGCGCCCAAGAACAAAAAAUCGCAAUACAGACCCCGACCUACAAACCCUCAUCAUCAACUCCAUCCGCGUUCUCGCAAGCGAUAAAAGAAAUAUCAUCACCGUCAUCAGCAUGCUAAUCGCCGUCCUUGCAGUCGUCUUUGGUGGCCGCUCAACCAAACGAUCGCAAUAUGGAUACGAAAUGGCUCAAUUCGGGGAUUUCCCAGCAGUUAGUACUCAGGUCUACCACACCGCUUCUACAUCAGUCCUGACUCAAACCUCGACAGAAGUCCCUAUUUGUGAAAGUGAGAGCCGCGUGGAGGGGGCUGGUGAGAUUCAACGAGUGGCUGAAGGGCUAUUAGGCGAGGCUAAGCCAAAAGUCGCACAGCCGGUUGAACAGAAGACGGUCGAGAUCGUGUUCGACCCGAUGUUCGAGGGAUUAGAGACCGCUCUCCCUCCUAUCACACAACCAGAUGAGCCGAAAUACAAAUCUGCUGCUGAAGUCGACCUUCCUGUUGCAUCAUUGGACACCCAAGAAGAUGAUAGUGCAUCCAAAGAAGUUGACGACUCCGCUAUGGCUCAAAUCGAUGACUCGACUGUCGAUCCGGAGGCCUCUGCCAUAAUUUUUAACAAUGACCAGGUCCCCGCUCAGGCAAAUGACCUCGCUAUGACUGAAGAGAACGACUCUAGUAUCACUCACAACGACGAUGAUGCUUUCAGUCAAACCGAUGGGCCUGACAGCCCUCGAGACAUUAGCGCUAUCGCUGCUCAAGGAGAUGACUCUACUACCACUCAAGAAGAUGACGCUCCUAUUAUCAAAACCGAGGACUCUGCUGUUACUGGAGACGAUGAAGCUACCAUGAACAAAAUCGAACCUCCUGCCAUCGCAGAUAAUAAGCAUCUCACCACCGGAGACAACGACUCUGCCAUUUCCGAAGAUGAGGGCCCCAAACACCCAAAUCGACGAUGCUAUCAUCAUUAA